UGAGCUUCACAAAUGCUUAGAAAUAAUCUGUGUCCUCUCCUUGCAGGUUUGCGAUGUACCCAGCCUUCUGAAUCCUGCUUGAAUGGAGGAAAGUGUGAAACCUAUCAAAAUGGAACAGGGGUGUGCUUAUGCCCCAAUGACUUCGUUGGACAUCGGUGCCAGUUCCCAAACCUGUGCCUCAGCUCCCCCUGCAAGAAUGCCGGCACCUGUCGCCCUGUGGUGGACGGUAACACCGCCGAUUACACCUGUUCAUGCCACCUGGGCUUCACCGAUAAGCUGUGCCUGACACCCGUGGAGAACGCCUGCCUGAGCGGCCCCUGUCGCAAUGGAGGGAGCUGUGACCUUGUCACGUUGACUGAGUACAAAUGCCGCUGCCCUCCAGGCUGGUCAGGGAAGACGUGUCAGCAGGCUGACCCCUGUGCCUCCAACCCUUGUGCCAACGGCGGGCAGUGCGUGCCAUUUGAAUCCAGCUACGUGUGCAGGUGUCCGCAGGGCUUCCACGGGGCCACUUGCAAGGAGGACUUCAACGAGUGCAGCCGGACGCCCCCCGUCUGCAAGAACGGCGGGACCUGCAUCAACGAGAUUGGCUCCUAUCAGUGCCACUGCAGGCAGGCCUACACGGGCCCCAACUGCGAACACCUCUACGUGCCCUGCAACCCCUCGCCUUGCCAGAAUGGGGGCACCUGCCAGCAGACCGGAAACGUGGCCUACGAGUGCACCUGUCUUGCAGGCUUCGCAGGCCAGAACUGCGAAGAGAACCUAGACGAUUGUCCGGGACACAGCUGCAAGAACGGAGGGACCUGCGUGGACGGGGUGAACACCUACAACUGUCAGUGCCCUCCUGAAUGGACAGGCCAGUAUUGUGCUGAAGACGUGGAUGAAUGUCAGUUGAUUCCCAAUGCUUGCCAGAAUGGUGGCACCUGCCACAACACCCAUGGUGGCUACAACUGCGUCUGUGUCAAUGGUUGGACUGGCGAAGAUUGCAGCGAGAACAUUGAUGAUUGUGCCAGCGCGGCUUGCUUCAUGGGGGCCACUUGCCACGACCGGGUGGCCUCCUUCUAUUGCGAAUGCCCACACGGGCGGACAGGGUUGCUCUGCCACCUCAACGACGCCUGCAUCAGCAACCCUUGCAACGAAGGGUCCAACUGCGACACCAACCCGGUCACUGGGAGAGCCAUCUGCACCUGCCCGUCAGGGUACAUGGGGCCUGCCUGCAACCAGGACGUGGACGAAUGCUUGCUGGGUGCCAAUCCCUGCGAGCACGCUGGGAAGUGCAUCAACACAGAGGGCUCCUUCCAGUGCCAGUGUCAGACAGGCUACUCAGGCCCCCGGUGUGAGAUUGAUGUGAACGAGUGCUCCUCCAACCCGUGCCAGAAUGAUGCCACCUGCUUAGACCAGAUUGGGGUCUUCCAGUGCAUUUGCAUGCCAGGAUACGAGGGCGUUUACUGCGAAAUCAACACGGACGAGUGUGCCAGCAGCCCCUGCAUGCACGGGAACUGCGUGGACAAGAUCAACGAGUUUGCUUGUGUGUGCCCCAUGGGAUUUAAUGGUCACCAGUGUCAGUACGACAUUGACGAAUGUGCCAGCACGCCCUGCAAGAACGGAGCCAAAUGUGUGGAUGGACAAAACUCUUACACAUGUGAAUGCACUGAAGGCUUUUCCGGCACCCACUGCGAGACUGACAUCGACGAAUGUAACCCUGAUCCCUGCCACUAUGGCACGUGCCGGGAUGGCAUUGCCUCCUUUACCUGCCUCUGUCAGCCUGGGUACACCGGGCAUCUCUGUGACAUCAACAUCAACGAGUGCCAAAGCCAGCCCUGCAAGAAUGGGGGCACCUGCCAGGACAGGAACAAUGCCUACACCUGCCUCUGCCUCAAAGGGACCACAGGACCCAGUUGUGAAAUCAACCUGGACGAAUGUGCCAGCAACCCGUGUGAUUAUGGCAAAUGUGUUGACAAGAUUAAUGGCUACGAAUGCACCUGUGAGCCGGGAUACACAGGGCGGAUGUGCAGCAUCAACGUGGACGAGUGCGAGAGCAACCCUUGCCACAACGGUGGCACCUGCAGGGAUGGCAUCAACGGCUUCACCUGCCUCUGCCCGGAAGGCUUCCAGGACCCCUUGUGCCUGUCGGAAGUGAACGAGUGCAACAGCAACCCCUGCGUCCACGGGAAGUGCCACGAUGGGCUGAACGGCUACAAGUGUGAUUGCGACCCAGGCUGGAGUGGGACAAAUUGUGACAUCAACAACAACGAAUGUGAGUCCAACCCUUGUGUGAAUGGUGGAACCUGCAAGGACAUGACCAGCGGUUACCUUUGCACCUGCCAAGAUGGAUUCAGUGGACCCAACUGCCAGAUCAACGUCAACGAAUGCGCUUCCAACCCUUGCCUGAACCAGGGAACGUGCAUUGAUGACAUUGCUCGCUACCAGUGCAACUGCCUCCCACCCUAUACUGGUCCCACAUGCCGGGAUGUGCUGGCGCCCUGCGCGGACGGUCCCUGCAAGAAUGGCGGCAAGUGCCGAGAGUCGGAGGACUACGAGAGUUUCUCAUGCACCUGCCUUCCGGGGUGGCAAGGGCAAACUUGCGAGAUCGACAUCAACGAGUGUGUGAAGAGUCCGUGUCGGAAUGGCGCCACGUGCCAGAACACCAACGGGAGCUACCGCUGCGUGUGCAGGCCGGGUUUCACGGGGGACAGCUGUGAAACGGACGUUGACGAUUGUCAACCUAACCCCUGCCACAACGGGGGCUCCUGUUCCGACAGCAUCAACGCCUUCUCCUGCAACUGCCUGGCGGGUUUCCAGGGCCCUGUGUGUCAGGAGGACAUCGAUGAGUGCGCCAGCAACCCCUGCAAGAACGGAGCCAACUGCACGGACUGUGUUAACAGCUACACCUGCACCUGCCCGUCAGGCUUCAGCGGGAUCCACUGUGAGCACAACACUCCAGACUGCACGGAGAGCUCCUGCUUCAAUGGGGCGACCUGCGUGGACGGCAUCAACACCUUUACUUGUGUCUGCCCACCCGGCUUCACUGGCAUUUACUGUGAACACGACAUCAACGAGUGUGACUCCAGGCCCUGCUUGAAUGGUGGAACGUGCCAGGACAGCUAUGGGACUUACAAAUGCACCUGCCCACAGGGGUACACUGGGCUCAAUUGCCAGAACCUGGUGCGCUGGUGCGACUCCUCACCCUGUAAAAACGGAGGGACGUGCUGGCAAGUCAAUAACCUCUACCGCUGCGAGUGCCCGAGCGGCUGGACUGGUCUGUACUGCGACGUACCAAACGUCUCUUGCGAGGUGGCUGCCCGGCGGCAAGGCCUUGAUGUCACCCGCUUGUGCAGGAACUCCGGCCUCUGCAUGGACAAGGGCAACACCCACUUCUGCCAUUGCCAGCCUGGGUACACGGGCAGCUACUGCGAAGAGCAAGUGGAUGAGUGCUCCCCAAAUCCUUGCCAGAACGGGGCGACCUGCACGGACUAUCUGGGAGGCUACUCCUGCGAGUGCGUGGCGGGCUACCACGGGCAAAACUGCUCGGAGGAGAUAAAGGAGUGCCUUUCCCACCCCUGCCAAAAUGGAGGAACUUGCAUUGAUCUGCUCAACACCUACAAAUGCUCCUGCCCCCGAGGAACUCAGGGUGUGCACUGCGAGAUCAACAUUGACGACUGCAGCCCCUCCACGGACCCCAAGACCCUGGCCCCCAAGUGCUUCAACAACGGGAAGUGCAGCGACAAGGUGGGGGGCUACAGCUGCACCUGCCUGCCGGGCUUUGUCGGGGAGCGCUGCGAGGGGGACGUCAACGAGUGCCUCUCGAACCCAUGCGACCUGCGCGGGACCCAGAACUGCGUGCAGAGAAUCAAUGACUACAAGUGCGAAUGCCGCCCGGGUUACACUGGACGGCAUUGUGAAAUGGUGGUCAACGGCUGCCAAAGUAGACCCUGCCGGAACGGGGGAACCUGCGCGGUCGCCAGCAACACACGACACGGCUACAUCUGCAGGUGUCCUCCGGGCUUGGAUGGCGCCACUUGCGAGAACAACUUGCGCAGCUGUGGGGUGCUGUGGUGCCUGAACGGCGGGACCUGCGUCUCCACUGCCCAGCAGUCCAAGUGCGUGUGCGCGCCGGGCUUCACGGGCCCCGAGUGCCAGUUCCCAGCCCACAGCCCGUGCCACUCCGGCCCCUGCUACAACGAGGGCACUUGCCAGUUCACCAAGGAGCCGCCCCACUACCGGUGCCUCUGUCCCGUCAACUUCAACGGCCUCAACUGCCACAUCCUGGACUUUGAGUUCCGGGGAGGCCCCGGCCAGGACAUCACCCCUCCCCUCCUGGAGGAGACGUGCGAAAUUCCGGGCUGCCCCAGCCUGGCUGGCAACAAGAUCUGCGAUGCCAGGUGCAACAACCAUGCCUGCGGGUGGGACGGCGGGGACUGUUCACUCAACUUCAAUGACCCCUGGAAGAACUGCACCCAGGCUCUGCAGUGCUGGAACUACUUCAACGACGGCAAGUGCGACGUCCAGUGCAACAACAGCGGCUGCCUGUACGAUGGCUUUGACUGCCAGAAGGCCGAGCUGCAGUGCAACCCUCUCUACGAUCAGUACUGCAAGGAUCACUUUUCUGACGGCAACUGUGACCAGGGGUGCAACAGCGCAGAGUGUGAGUGGGACGGCCUUGACUGUGCCAACAACGUGCCCGAGAAGCUUGCGGAUGGGACCUUGGUGGUGGUGGUGCUGAUCAGCCCUGAGAUCCUGAGGAACAACUCUCUGAACUUCCUGCGGGAACUCAGCCGCGUUCUGCACACCAACGUGGUUUUCAAGAAGGACCCCAAGGGCGAAUACAUGAUCUUCCCUUAUUUUGGGAAUCCGGAAGAACUGAAAAAGCACCACAUCAAGAGGUCUGUGGACAGCUGGCCAGAGGUGUCUGAAGUGGUGUUCAGAAUGAAGGCAGCCCUCCACUCGAGGGUCAGUGGGAGGCCAAAGAGAGAGCUGGACCAGGUGGACAUCUGUGGGUCAAUUGUUCACCUGGAGAUUGACAACCGCCAGUGCAUCCAGUCCUCUUCGCAGUGCUUCCAGAGCGCCACCGACGUAGCCGCGUUCCUGGGCGCCUUGGCCUCAAGCGGAAACUUGGACAUUCCCUACAAGAUCGAAGCCGUGAAGAGCGAAACGGCCGAUUCCCCGAGGAGUGACCAGUUGUAUCCUAUGUACGUGGUGGUACCCUCUCUCUUCCUCCUCCUCUGCAUCGGCGUCGGCGUCUUGGCAACUCGCAGGCGGCGGAGGGAACAUGGGCAGCUCUGGUUCCCCGAAGGAUUCAAAGUGACCGAGUCCAGUAAGAAGAAACGCCGGGAGCCGCUGGGGGAGGAUUCCAUGGGGCUGAAACCCUUGAAAAAUGCUUCGAACGGUACUCUGAUGGAUGACAAUCAGAACGAGUGGGGAGAUGAAGAGAUGCUCGACACCAAGAAAUUUCGAGUAGAGGAGCAGGUCAUGCUGCCCGAUGAGCUAUCUGACCACAGGCAGUGGACGCAACAGCACCUGGAUGCGGCCGACCUGCGCAUUUCCUCCAUGGCCCCCACACCACCGCAGGGGGAGAUCGAUGCAGAUUGCAUGGACGUCAACGUACGAGGGCCGGAUGGAUUCACGCCCCUGAUGAUUGCCUCCUGCAGCGGAGGAGGGCUGGAGACUGGCAACAGUGAGGAGGAGGAAGACACCCCCGCUGUCAUUUCGGAUUUCAUCUAUCAAGGGGCCAACCUGCACAGUCAAACGGAUCGCACGGGAGAGACGGCUCUUCACCUGGCUGCACGUUACGCCCGCUCGGAUGCGGCCAAGCGGCUGCUGGAGGCCAGUGCCGAUGCCAACAUCCAGGACCACAUGGGCAAGACGCCACUCCACGCAGCCGUGUCAGCAGAUGCCCAGGGCGUCUUUCAGAUUCUGAUCCGGAACAGGGCCACCGACCUGGAUGCCCGCAUGCAUGACGGGACCACGCCCCUGAUUUUGGCUGCCCGCUUGGCGGUUGAAGGCAUGCUGGAAGAUCUCAUCAGCUGCCACGCUGACGUCAAUGCCGUUGAUGAUCUAGGGAAGUCCGCCCUGCACUGGGCUGCCGCUGUGAACAACGUCGAUGCCGCCCUGGUGCUGCUGAAGAACGGGGCUAACAAGGACAUGCAGAAUAACAAGGAAGAGACCCCCUUGUUCUUGGCAGCUAAAGAAGGGAGCUACGAAACGGCCAAAGUCCUUCUGGACAGCUUUGCCAACCGGGACAUCACGGAUCACAUGGACCGCCUGCCCCGCGACAUCGCCCAGGAGCGCAUGCACCACGACAUCGUGCGUCUCCUGGAUGAGUACAACCUGGUGCGGAGCCCACCCUUGCACAGCGGGCCCCUGGGGGCACCCACGCUCUCCCCGCCGCUGUGCUCGCCCAGCGGCUACAUGGGCAACCUGAAGCCGGGCCUCCAGAGCAAGAAGGCCCGGAAGCCGCGCACAAAGGGGCUGAGCUGCAACGGGAAGGAGUCCAAGGGGCUCAAAGCCCCCCGGAAGAAGUCCCAGGAGGGCAAAGGGUGCCUGCUGGACGGCUCCGGUGUCCUCUCACCGGUCGACUCCCUGGAAUCUCCCCAUGGGUACCUGUCGGACGUGGCCUCCCCGCCCUUGAUGACCUCCCCCUUCCAGCCCUCUCCUUCCAUGCCACUCAACCACCUGCCCGGCAUGCCCGACCCCCACCUCAGCAUCAGCCACCUCAACCUGGUGGGCAAGCCGGAUCUGGGCCUGGGGGCCGGCCAGAUGCAGCCGUUCGAGCCGGGGCCGCCCCGCCUGUCCCACCUCCCCGUCUCCAGCCCCAGCACCAUCCUGGGCGGGGCCCCGCUCAACUUCGCCGUCAGUGGGAGCCAGUGCGAGUGGCUGAGCCGCCUGCAGAACAGCCUGGUGCCCGGCCAGUACAACCCGCUGAGGAGCGGCCUCCCGCAGGGCACGCACUCCGCCAGCCAGGCCCUGCAACACGGGCUGCUGGCGCCCCUGCAUGGUGGCCUCCCCGGCACCGCUCUACCUCCCCUGAUGACCUACCAGCCCGUCCAGAACAGCCACCUGCCGGCCCCUCCCCAGCAGCACCUGCUGCAGCCCCAGCAGCAGCAGCAACCGCAGCCCCCGCCGCCAGCCCACAGCGGGGCCACGAACACUGCCCCCCAAGUGGGGGCGAGCUUCCUUGGGAGCGAGCUGAGCCCGGCGGACCUGCAGCAGCAAGUGGGGGGCGGGGCCCUGGCCAUCCACGCCAUCCUGCCGCAG